UGGCGGAGGUGGAGUCUGGAGGUGGGGAGGGAGAAGAAAGGGGAGAGGAGGAAAACGGUGAAAGGCACAACAGAAACUGGGGGAGAGAACGGUGGAUGAUUUACGCGUUUAAAGUCGCAUUACAGCUGCUGGAAGAGUUGCGGCGAAGUGGAAAGGAACAAAAUGUUAACGCCUUACUUCCUAGAAAAUUUCUGGGGAGAAAAGAACAAUGGCUUCGAUGUGCUCUACCAUAACAUGAAACAUGGGCAGAUUUCCUCCAAGGAGCUGACAGACUUCAUCAGAGAAAGGAGUACCAUUGAAGAGGCCUAUGCCAGGUCGAUGACCAAACUUGCCAAGUCAGCUGGGAACUUCUCUCAGCUAGGGACAUUUGCACCAAUGUGGGAUAUCUUCAAAACCUCUACGGAGAAACUGGCCGGUUUACACAUGGAUCUAGUGAAGAAGCUACAAGACCUGAUAAAAGAUGUACAGAAGUAUGUGGAGGAACAGGCCAAAGCACAUAAGAAAACAAAAGAAGAAGUUGCACCAACCCUAGAAGCCGUCCAGAACAUCCAAUCUAUCUCUCAGGCUCUCCAGAAGUCCAAGGAGAACUACAAUGCCAAAACCGUGGAGCAGGAGCGCCUCCGCAAAGAGGGGGCCACCCAGAGAGAUGUGGACAAGGCUGGAGUUAAAGCCAAAAAAGCCACAGAGACCUACAAGUCAUACGUGGAGAAAUAUGCUACAGCCAAGUCUGAGUUUGAGCAGAAGAUGACAGAAACAGCACAGAGAUUCCAAGACAUUGAGGAAAACCACAUUAUCCACAUGAAGCAGAUCAUCCAGUCAUACUCGCAAUCUGUGGAGGAAACACACAUUCAGAUUGGAGAGCUGCACAAGGAAUUUGUGAGGAACAUUGAGAACACUUCAGAAGAGAGCUUAAUACAAAAGCUGGCCGAGAGCAAAGGAACAGGAAAAGAGAGGCCAGGACCAAUCGAAUUUGAGGAAUGCAACACAGCCAUUGCAACAGAAGGUGCCAAACCAAGAAAGAGGAAAACGUUUGGUAUCCCAGGCCGAAGGAAAGACAAGGACACAGACUCUACGGAGUCGACAGAAGUCGAAGCUGCUAACACUGCCAAUGGUGCUCCUCCAGGAUAUUUUGGCUCCAUAGACAUCCAGAAUGCUAAUGUUCCCCAAGUUGAUGCUGAGGGCUUCUGUAUCAGACCGGAAGUGAAUGAGAAUGAUCCCAAAGACAAUUCCUUCUAUUCGUCCAGCGAUUCGGAGGACGAAGACGAGCCCAGGAAGUUCCAUGUGCAGAUCAAACCCGUCCAGCCUAACAAUGGUACGCAUCAGACCCGAGCGAACAUCGAUGAGCUCAAAGCCUCCAUUGGAAACAUCAUCCUGUCGCCUUCGACCUCGGGGCAAAUGCGGAGGAACCAGUCCAGGUUUACAGGAGUAUCUACCUUAAGGUCUAAGGCUAAGGAUGAUGAGCUUGUAAAGCCCAGAGGGUCAACUCCAUUCGAGUUAAGUAACAACGAUCUUCUGUCUUUGGAUCCAUUGAGCUCUACUUCAGGAGUUGGAUCCUCCUCCUCUAUGUCAUCCACUGCAGUUGACAAUGUACCACAAAAAGGCCACUCUACCCCAGUGGCAGAGAGCCAGCAGUCCAAAGAUGUCUCCUCUUUCUCUUCAUCCACCACCUCUCCCUGGGAUUCCCCAGAAAACGCUUCCCAGGGACUGAAACCAGCACAGGAGAGGGCCCGAAGCGCCCCCAUCACCCAGCCCACUGAGCCUAUAGACCCUAUGAACAGCCCAACCACUGCCAGCCCCCCAAACGCCCCCAAGUCUGUUGAUAUCUUCUCCCUAGUGUCCUGGUCCCAGAGCCAGUGGAUCGCUUUUGGGGAUAGCUUUGCCCCGCCUUGUCGUCACGGCUCAGGUUCUUCUGCAGCAGAGGUCCAGAGAGUGCAGGCAGGGUUUGGCAGGUCAAGACGCUUCCUGUCGGAGGACUCUGCAGACGCUCUCUGCAAAACAACCACUGCAGCAGUCAGAGAGGACAGCAGCGUCUGUGUCUCUGAUGUCUUCUCUGAUAGGACAGUAGCAGCAGCCACAACAAGCAAAGUAUUUAAUGUGCCGGUACCAAACAGACCUACGACCCCUCUGGCUGCUGGAGCCCUUGUUCCACCACCUCGUCCUUCCUCUAGACCCAAACUUCCCACUGGAAAACUCACAGGAAUCAAUGAAAUUGUACGGCCUUUCAGCCCACCCAAAGCAUCCAAUGCCAGCCCCCCUCUAUCAGCACCUCUGGCCCGGGCUGAAAGUUCUUCCUCCUUGUCCUCAAACACGUCACUCAGUGCCGGGAACACUCCCACCGUCGGAGCUCCUUCCCUCUCCUGCUCAGGGUCAGAUCUCAGCACCUUCUCUCCUCAUGUCCUUUUAAACCAAAAGGACGACGGGUUUGUAGACAAGCUGCCUGCCUUUGAGAAGCGGUGUGAAACACCAGCAGGGACGUCUCGCGGUCCGAGUCCAGUGACCCUGGCAUCCCAAGAUGCUUUGCCCAUUGCCGUGGCCUUCACAGAAACCGUUAAUGCUUACUUCAAAGGAGCUGAUCCUGCUAAGUGCAUUGUGAAGAUCACAGGAGACAUGACGCUCUCGUUCCCCAUGGGCAUCAUCAAGGUGUUCACCAACAACCCCUCCCCCGCUGUCCUCACCUUCAAGCUGAAAAACACCAGCAGGCUGGAGCAGAUCCUGCCCAACCAACAGCUCUUAUACAGCGAUCCUUCCCGAAGCGACUCCAAUUCCAAGGACUUCUGGUUCAACAUGCAAGCCCUGACGUCUUACCUCAGAAAAGCCUCUGAGCAGAACCCUUCAGCUUCCUACUAUAAUGUGGAUAUCCUAAAAUACCAGGUGCUGUCCGAUGGGAUUCAGUCCACUCCUCUUAACCUGGCCGUGUACUGGAAGUGUACGCCGAGCACAACAGACCUGCGGCUAGACUACCGCUACAACCCCAAUUCCAUGGACUCGCCUGGCCCCAUCACCAACGUUCAGGUUUUGGUUCCUGUUGACGGAGGAGUCACCAGCAUGCAGGCUUUACCAAACUGCAUCUGGAAUUCAGAGCAGAAUAAGUGUCUGUGGAAGCUUAGUGACAUCUCAGAAAAGUCUGAAAAUGAAGGUGCCUUAAGAGCCAAGUUUGAGCUGUCGAAUGGUCCUUCAAACCCUUCCACGCUGGCGGUGCAGUUCAUGAACGAGGGCAGCACCCUGUCAGGAGUCGACAUGGACCUGCUGGGCACCGGAUACAGACUUUCCCUCAACAAGAAGAGAUUUGCCACAGGUCGUUACAUGGCAGAUUGCUGAGGUGACCGACACCUUCGAUUACCGAUCAAAAGAAAAGCUGAAACGUCCAGAUUCACCGGAGCACUUCUGCCCACGGUCUCACACAGCAAGAAUCUCACUACAAUAAAACAGCACUGAGUAACGAACACUGUUUAAAAAAAAAAAAUACAAAAAAACUGAGAUGAGCUUUCAGAAAAUGUGUAGAUACAAAUUCUAAUAAUGCCUUCUGAUCAGUUUUGUACAGAGAAAAUGUACCGAUUAGCCAUAAAUUUAUAUUAUAUUUGACAUUUUGAAAAGGAAAAAAAAAAUCAAUGCACUAACAGCCCUUCCAGAAGCUCUUUUUCCUCUUGUACUCAUUUGUAAGAGCCUUAAAGGAAUGAGAAACCAAUUUUUUGUGUGUGGAUGAGAAGAAAUGCUCUCGCCAAACUGUAAAUAAUAACCCAGCUCCCAUUUACUGACGUUUCCCUGUUUUUAAACGUGCAAUGAAGCAAUGAAGGUUAAAUUAAUCUUCAACAGGACACAUACUUUUGGCACAAGCUUGAUAUUAAACCAACUGUUUUAAUGAUUUCAUAAAAUGAAAAAAAAAAAAAAACAAACAAACACAAAACCAACAAAAAACCAGCCUCAGUGCCUGAUAUUGUACUGUGGAACAAAA